UUAAUUUCAUUUUAGGAAGCAAAGCCUACUAACAAUCUCUUCCCCCAUUGCUCUUGCACAUGAGCAUAAACUGCUAAAGCCCAUUAGGGGUGAAUGCCCUAGGAUUACCCGGCAAGUGGUUCUGACGGAUGGGGUUACUUGCCAAUAGAUUUUACUGGCUAGAGGCUAGUUUAAAGGGCUGUUCUUUAGAAAGGUUCUCUCUAUGUUAUAUAUAAAAAAAUAAAAAUAAAUAAAUAAAUCUCUUCCAAACCCCACGAGAGUGGGAGAGCCUUGUACAUUGGUUACGACCUUUUAGGAACUUUGGGAACACAAUUUUUGUCCUACAUAAUUGAUUUUUUAUAUUUAUUUAUGGCUCACUCGAUAACCAUUUGUUGGGAAGUUGGGAUUAAAAUGUCUAUCAUGAAAUCUAUCCGGCCCUGCCUUGAAUUGCAAAGAGAUAUGAAAGUGAUAAUGGUUAGAGAAGUGUAUGUCAAACUCUGACUGUAAUCUUAUUAUGGCUCUCCUUAGGCCAAGGAGGGAGGUGUUGUUGGACAAAACUGCUUCCCAUGAUGCAGCUAAUUCAGAACUAGAUUUAGAUUCAUUGGGGGUAGUUGUGAAGUUUAUCUAAGUCAGCCAUAAGCUUGAUUUUGGUGACACCAAUUCACGUGCAGGGAUGUUGUGCCUAUCCUAGACACAACCUUGGACAAUUUACUGGGGUGUUUGAAUUUGAACAAAGAAUGGUCUUUGCAGUCUAGAAGAAGAAAGAAAAAAAGAAAACAGAUAUAUAGAGAGAAGGAGACUCUGGAGAGACAGAGUGGAAUUUGAGUUCAAGCAACUUGACAGGGAAGAAAGUGACUUCAUUCUCCGACCUCACAGCACUGCAGUACUUGUUUGAGCUAUAAUUUUAAUAUGGGUGGUGGAAAGGAAAAGCAAAGUGCUAUGGACCAGAGCAAAAAGCUCAAAACAGUUACUCCUAUAUGGAGACCAGUCUGUACACAAGCCGUUUCCGAUGAAGCAUGUAAAUUUGCAGAAUGCUUGGUAAAGGAUGUAAUAGUGGAGUCAGAAGAUGGAAGUCAAGUUCAAGAAGUGCAAUGUAGCACAUCUAGCAUUGUUUCUAAUGUUCAACAUGUUAUGAAGUCAGCAGAAUCGGUGACUGAAAAAACCGACUCAAAUAUCAGUUCCAGCACAGUGCAGUAUAGUGAUGAAGAUAAUAAUGUCUUGGAAGGAGAAUCAGAAAAGCAUUCAAUUUCAGCUGAGGUUGGUGCUUCUCUAAUUCGAUUUAUAGAAGGAAAAGGAGGAUCUACACAGAGAAAGAUUGAAGAAGAGAUGGGAGUUAAAAUUAUAUUUCCGUCAUCCAAGAAGGAUGAUUCUAUUACCAUUGAAGGCCCUUCAAUUGAAAGUGUCAAUAGUGCUUCAGAAAAGAUACAAACUAUAAUUGAUGAGGCAGUUAAAAGCCCAAAUCUCGAAUACUCUCACUUCAUAUCACUUCCAUUGGCUGUACACCCUGAACUGGUUAAUAAGCUUCUGAAUUUUCAGAAUUCCAUAUUGGGGAAUAGUGAUGGUUGCCCAGAUGGGAAUAGGGAUAGUGAUUCAAAUGAAGAUGCUACUGACAAUGAAGUUGGGCACCGGCAGUUAGAUAAACAACCUGAUGUUGCUGUUGAACUCAAAACUGAUGAUGACAAUGAACAUGUUAAAGUGAAUAGGAGUAAAAUACCUCUUGUCAGUUAUGCCCCUAAAGCAUCAAAGUCUUCUCUUUUAUCUGCCGACUUGGGAAUUGACAAAUCCAUAUUCAUUAAACCGAAAACGUUUCACUUGACUGUACUCAUGCUAAAAUUGUGGAACAAGGACCGUGUUAGUGCAGCUGCUGAGGUUUUGCAGAGUAUCUCCUCAAAAGUGAUGGAUGCUUUGGAUAAUCGGCCUGUCUCUAUAAGGCUUAAGGGGCUGGAUUGCAUGAGAGGUUCUUUGGCCAAAGCCCGUGUUCUUUAUGCCCCUGUGGAAGAAAUUGGCAGUGAGGAGAGACUGUUACGUGCUUGUCAAGUCAUUACUGAUGCAUAUGUUGAAGCUGGACUGGUCCUUGAAAAAGAUGCUAAUCAAAAGUUAAAGUUGCAUGCCACUGUGAUGAAUGCGAGGCAUAGAGAAAGGAAGAAAUGGACUAGAAAUGCUGAUUCUUUUGAUGCACGUGGUAUUUUCAAACAGUUUGGAUCAGAGGAAUGGGGGGAGUAUCUUAUCCGUGAAGCUCAUCUUUCACAGAGAUUUACGAUUGAUGAAAAUGGUUACUAUCAUUGUUGUGCUUCAAUACCUUUUCCUGAAAAUAUGCAAGUGAACUGAACCAUUUUCCUAGAUAUCAAUGUGCUUUUCUUUUUAGUAGCAAACCAUGAAUGCAAAAGUUAUUAAGUUACUCUUUGGGAAUUAUUUUAGUAUAUUCUUUUCGUAUGUGCUCUCUUACUUGACUGCUUCCAGACUCCUGGUUCCAGAUUUGUAGUUCUUCAAUGAAUCUAUAUACCAAUUUCCUCUAAUAAAUACUAAAAAUUUUUAACA